AUGGCUGCUGGCGGCGUCGACGGCGCCAGCUCAGCGACCGUCACCUCCGCACGAUCCGAAUCGAAAGACGGCUCGAUGACGGCGGAAGGCCACAAUGUCGACGCGAACCUACUCGGAAUAGGUCGUGAUCACGGCCAUUACUUCGCUAAGAAAACAUUUGGCAAACCCACAUACUGCCAUCAUUGUUGCGAUAAAAUAUGGGGUAUGCUCACGCAAGGAUACGCAUGUGAAGUGUGCAAUUUUGUGUGUCAUGAGAAAUGUUUGAAAACCGUUGUCUCCUACUGCAGUGGAGUGGCUCUGCAACUAAUUAAGAAUCCGGUUGCGCACACAUGGUCCCAGCCAGGCUUGAUCAAGCGGAAGUUCUGCUGCGUGUGUCGUAAGCGGACGGAUGAGGCAUUGUCACUGGAAUGUGAAGUUUGCGAGUACUACGUUCAUGUGGAUUGCUCUGAUUUGGCUGUAUCCGACUGCAAAGAGGCUGCUACUUAUGUGCCAAAUUUGGAUUUGACGACACAUGAACAAUUUCAUCACAUGCGAGAAGGAAAUCUACCAAAGGACAGUAAAUGUGUGGUAUGCAAGAAAAGCUGCUGGUCGGCAGAAUGCCUUGCUGGCAUGCGAUGCGAGUGGUGCGGACAGACGGCUCAUGCUGUUUGCUAUCGUCAAAUGUCGAAGGAAUGCGAUUUCGGGGUGUUACGGAAGAUUAUGCUACCUCCGUCGUCGUUGACGAUACCGCGGACGGAACUUCCGAUGGAGCAACUACUGGCGAUCACUGCUAACGAUCCCCCACAGUCGCGUAAGGUGUCUUCGCCAUCAAAAAUUCAAGCAGAUGACGUGUCAUCGUCGGGUGAAGAACUGAAAGAACGAGAAGACUCGGAAAUAUUACGAGUUUUUGAUGGCAAUUCGUCGCUUCGUGCUCAAGUCUGCAGAACGGCCAGCGUCCCCAAGACUGCCACUGUUCAACAGAUUCGCGACACUGCUCUUCGACGUUUCCAUAUCACUGAUAAUCCAGACAACUACUAUGUGACACAAGUAGUCAGCGAUGCAGGUGAGGAGGAAACACUAGAGGAUCCCGUGCCGUUGCGGAACGUGAAGCGGCCCGAAGGACGACGUGCACAGAUAUUUCUUAGGUACAAAGAUGAUCCCGACAAGGAUGUUGUUAAGCUAUACGGUGGUUGGUUGAGGGUUCCUGUGACGUUCUGCACGCUAACUGUAAAUAAAGAUACAUUGGUCCAAGAUGCUCUCGCAGACGCAUUGGAAAACUUUGGCCUCGAUCCAACAACCUGGAACAGUAUCACUGGAUCGUGGUGUUGCCGAGCGAACAUGCAAUUUCCAAGAGAACAUGCUGCAACUUGUUCGGAAUCUUCGCAAGGAUCCUUACGGGCGACUAGCGUGGUGCGUUUAUGUACAAGAAAAAGAAGAUCACAUGAUCAUGCCUGUAUUCGUUCGGAACCUCCUGUAUCACUUGCGCAACGACAUAUGAUACAAAAACCUUUCACCGCAAUAGGACCGAUUUACUUCGAAUACGGUUCACUUGUGAUCACUUUCAACACACCCAAAGCAGCAACAGCUGCUGUGCAACGUCUUCAAAACGCGAUCUAUGAAGACAAGAAGCUGAUCGUUCUAUGCCUUCCUAACGUGCAGCCCCACAUGCUGCCGCCCGAUUCGGAACCAUUACUGGUACUGGUCAACGUGAAAAGCGGUGGUUGUCAAGGAACAGAGCUUAUCCAAUCUUUUCGCAAACUUCUUAAUCCUUUUCAAGUAUUUGAUGUGCUGAAAGGUGGACCACUUGUUGGGCUUUACGUAUUUCGGAACAUUCCAAAGUACAAGAUCCUUGCGUGCGGCGGUGAUGGCACGAUAGGAUGGGUGCUUCAGUGUCUGGAUAUAGCUAAGCAGGAUGCUGCCUGUUUCUCUCCUCCAUGUGGUAUUGUUCCAUUGGGAACAGGAAAUGAUCUCGCCAGAGUUCUGCGCUGGGGUGGUGGAUACACUGGAGAGGAGAAUCCACUAGACAUUCUCAAGGACGUCAUAGAAGCUGAUGAAGUACGGCUGGAUAGAUGGGCAGUAGUUUUUCAUGAGGAAGAACGCAGUCAGCCUCCAAAUCAGGAUGCUGCCUGUUUCUCUCCUCCAUGUGGUAUUGUUCCAUUGGGAACAGGAAAUGAUCUCGCCAGAGUUCUGCGCUGGGGUGGUGGAUACACUGGAGAGGAGAAUCCACUAGACAUUCUCAAGGACGUCAUAGAAGCUGAUGAAGUACGGCUGGAUAGAUGGGCAGUAGUUUUUCAUGAGGAAGAACGCAGUCAGCCUCCAAAUCAGGCGUCUGCUGCAAAUCCAGCUGAAACGGAUCAAACGAUGAGCAAUCCCGAGGACCAGACAAGCAUGAUCAUUAUGAACAACUAUUUCGGAAUUGGUAUUGACGCGGAUGUGUGCUUAAAAUUCCACAAUAAGCGUGACGCUAAUCCGGAAAAGUUCCAAUCCCGGUUGUUCAACAAGACGCAGUAUGCAAAAAUAGGCUUACGAAAGAUGUUCUUCGAAAGGUCCUGCAAAGAUCUGUGGAAGCGCAUUGAAGUCGAGGUUGAUGGCAAACCUGUUGAACUACCGAACAUUGAAGGCAUAGUCGUUCUGAAUCUGUUGAGUUGGGGAAGCGGUGCUAAUCCCUGGGGUACUGCCAAAGAAGAAAGCCCAUUCCAAAAACCGACACAUUACGACGGUCUUCUGGAGGUGGUUGGCAUUUCUGACGUCUCACGUUUGGGUCUCAUACAGUCGAAACUAGCCGCUGGUACCCGCAUUGCUCAAGGAGGAAGUAUUCGCAUAACUACACAUGAAGAAUGGCCUGUGCAAGUAGACGGCGAGCCUCACAUACAGCCUCCGGGUACCAUUACUAUCCUGAAAUCCGCGUUAAAGGCGCAAAUGCUCAAGAAAGCGAAGAAAAGUCGUCGUGGUGCAACGUCGUCACAGGUUCGAGCUGUGGCCAGUGAAGGCUCACCGUGUGGUCCAUUGGGUGUACCGUCGUCGUUGGACGCCGCCCAUGGCAAAUCGACGCCUGAAGCGCUCGGCGAUUCUGACGAGGAGGGUGACGCAUUCCUCUGA